AUGGCCGCAUUCUCCACCACCGAUGCCGCCAUCAUCACCCACGAGGUAGAGCUCGACGCGGCAGCCCAGUCGGCCACCGCGGCCGCAUCCGGCCGCUCCAUCUACCACGUCUACGACAUCCUCUCGACCGCCACCAAGAUCGUCAAGGGCAGGUUCCGCCAUGUGGCCCUUCAGUUUCCAGACGAGGCUCUCAUCGAUUCCGUACCCGUCUACUGGGCUCUGAAGCGCGAGACCCGUGCCCUCUACCGCUCCUCUAACCCGGACAUCGAAGAGCAGGACGCAGCCGAGUGGGAAAAGAAGCUGCCCAGCUUCUACGUCCUCGCCGAUACGAGCUACGGCAGCUGCUGCGUUGACGAGGUCGCCGCUCAGCAUGUCAAUGCCGACCUCGUCGUGCACUACGGCCACGCCUGCCUCAGCCCGACCGCACGCCUGCCCGUCAUCUACGUCUUCCCCAAGCAGCCCAUCGACGUCGACCACGCCGCCUCGUCCCUCGCAGACGCGUCCCUCGCCGACCUCUUCCAUGGCAUCAGCGACCCAGCAGCACCAGCUGGAUCCUCUUCGACCGCCUCCGCGUCAACACCCUCCGCGCUCGUGCUCUCCUACGACGUUGCCUGGGCCCAUGCGGCUGACGAAACCUUCCGGCGCCUCGAGGAAUGCCUGAGGCAAAGGGGCAUCAAGGUGCCUCUCAUCAGGACCGAGAUCGACACCCGGCGCAACUACGAGGAAAAGCUGGCUUCCGGUCUAUCCAGAGAUGUUGGCGCGCUGUCAAUGCAGGAUCGUGACCAGGCCGACGGUCCCUGCCGUCAGACCUCAUCGACAUCUAGCUGCUGCCGAGCAUCGCCGAGAGAGGCCUCAUCGUCAUCGACGGCAGUACCACCGUCAUCAUCGGCAUGCUGCGGUGGCGGCUGCACUUCAGCUUCCGCUUCGUCAUCCGUGCCGCCGCCGCGGCCCUCGCCGUCGCAGCCACCAAGCCAAGAGAAACGCUCCGAGUCGCCGCUCGGACCGUCCAAGUCGCUCCACCUCCCCGACGGCGUCGCGCUGUCGGACUGCGCCUUCCUCUACCUGGGUCCCGAGUCUCUGUCGCUCACCAACCUCCUGCUGCUGCUGGGACCGACGACACCUUUCCUCUCGUACAACCCUCACACGCGGUCGACACGGCUCGAGACGGGCUCGACGAACCGGCUGCUGAUGAAGCGGUACACGCACGUGCUCAAGGCGCGCGACGCCGCCGUCGUCGGCCUGCUGGUGGGCACGCUCGGCGUGCACGCCUACCUGCCGCUGCUUUCGCGGCUGCGCUCCAAGCUGACGGCCAAGGGCAGCGGACGCAAGGUGUACACAAUCAGCGUGGGCAAGCUCAACCCGGCCAAGCUGGCCAACUUCCAAGAGGUUGACCUGUUCGUCCUCAUCGCGUGUCCCGAAAACAGCCUGGUCGACUCAAAGGACUUUUUCCGGCCCAUCGUCACGCCCUUUGAGAUGGAGCUCGCCCUCCAGGCGGGCAAUGGCGACGAUGUGCGGUGGACGGGAGAGUAUGUUCUUGAACUCGGGCAGCUCCUGGGGCGUGGCGGUGGAGAUGCUCGAGGGGACGACGAGGAGCACGAGGACGGAGAGGGCGCAAGGCAACCGCCGUCGAGCGCCGACGGUGCAGAUGCAGGCCGGCAGGACGACGAGGAGGACGAGGACGAGGACCGGCCCCACUUUUCCCUCAUCACGGGCUCCUACGUCUCGCGCACGCGCUACGGUGGCACGGGCACCACUCCAAGCGACGACGACGCAGCAGCGACUUCGACUUCUCGAGCGUUGCUCCCGGCGUCCUCGACAAACGGCGGCGGGGCGGAGAGCCACACGGUGGCGCUGCGCAACGCCGACGGGACGAUGACGACGAUCCUGCAGUCGGCGAGCACGGCGCACCUCGAGAAGCGUGGGUGGAAGGGCCUCGAGCAGCGGCUCGGGCUCGAUGCGCCCAGCAGGUUGGAAGAGGGCCGAGAGGGUAUCGCAAGGGGCUACAGGGAGUCUGACGGUACGGCCGAGGGGACGACGUGA